ACGGCUACAGGUGUUUCUCCUACAUGCAUGACUGAUGAGCUGAGCGGAAUAGUUUCCGGUACCGCUACCGCUGCUACCGGUUUUGUUCAACUUGGUUGAGGUGUUGAGUUGAAGUUGAGUUCCAGGCAGACUUAACAUAACAGACAUAUAUUUGUUCUUGUUGAGGCGAAAAACAUUGCAAAGAAAUUCUGACGUGGACGUGUCGGUCGGGUUGUAUUUUUGAUUUUUGUAGUGUCAUUGGUGUGGUGGUAGCUUGAUCCUGUUUUGAAACUCCUGAAGGUGCUGGAAAUACAUAAAAUUGUAAAAGGAUGGCCGAAGGAAGAUUAGAUUUUUUGAUAUUUGGGGCCACUGGUUUUACUGGUUUACACUGUAUUCCCUAUGUAUACAAAUUCGCUAAAGAAAAUGGAAGAAAUAUGGCAUGGGGUGUUGCUGGACGUUCAGAGGAAAGACUCAAGGAAGCUCUCGAAAAAAUGGGAAAGAAAGUUGAUGCCGACCUAUCAGAAAUAUCCAUUAUUGUAGCUGACGUUAAGGAUUAUGACUCUUUGGUUAAGAUGGCUAAAAGGGCAAAGGUAGUAAUUAACUGUUGUGGUCCAUUCAGAUUCUUUGGAUAUCCUGUCGUAAAAGCUUGCGUAGAGGCUGGUACUCACUAUGUGGAUGUAUGUGGGGAACCACAGUUUAUUGAAACUGUUGAGUUGGAGUAUAAUGAACUUGCUCGUGAGAAAGGUAUUUACAUCGUAAGUGCAUGUGGCUUGGACAGCAUCCCCUGCGAUCUGGGUUUGUUAUACUUGGAAGACAAAUUUGAUGGCGUUAUCAACUCAGCUGUAACUUACAUAAGUACCUGGAACGAAGAUAAAAAUUCGUCCGGUCCUGCUGUCAGUUAUGGGACAUGGCACAGCCUCGUUUAUGGACUUAAACAUGCCAAGGAAUUGUCGAGUAUAAGAAGAAAACUGUACCCUACGAAAUUGCCAAAUUUUAAACCUAAAUUGGAGACUACAACAAGACCCCACCGUUCAAGUAUCGCAAAUGGUUGGGCCCUACCAUUCCCAGGUGCCGACAAAUCAAUAAUGAAGAGGACUCAACGAUAUCUGUACGAACACCAGGAUAAAAGACCAAUACAAGUGGACACGUUCUUUAGGUUAUCAAAUUUUAUACAGACCUUCGUGAUGAUUAUUAUGUUUUUCGUUUGGUCAUUGUUUGUAAAAUUCGACUACGGCAAACAGCUAUUAUUGGACUAUCCUCACAUAUUUACGUUCGGAAUGUUCAGAAAAGACGUCACACCGUCAGAAGAGACGAUCGACUCAAGCUGGUUCAAGAUAACUUUCCAAGUCAUAGGAUGGAAAGAAAAACUAGCCAAUAAGGACGAUCAGUACGAUACUCCUCCAAAUAAAAUUGUCACUGCGUACAUUAAAGGAAAAAAUCCAGCAUACGGUACUACUUGCGCUUGCGUCGUUGGAGCUGCUCUCAUGAUACUUACCGAGAAAGAUAAAUUACCACCCAGUGGAGGUGUAUACACUCCUGGAGUGGCCUUUAGAAAGACCUCAUUGAUGGAGCUCCUCUUCAAAAAUGACGUGUCGUUUGAGAUUGUGAGCGAAAAAGUGUUGUAAAUCAUAUGUACUCAAUAUAUUUAAUGCAUAUAUUAGCUUGAAAUAAAUAUUUAAUGUUAACCAUGAUCUGUUUUUACGUAAUAUUUUGUGACCUAGUUUACAUAUUAACUUAUAGUUGCAAUCAAGUUAUUGCAGUAAACCUUAAUAUGCAGCUAAUUACAAAUUUAUUUUUGUUUGAGUAUUGUGGUUAAGCUUCCGGCACAGGUAGAAAGUAAGAAAUGUUAAAGAAAAAUUAUUGGAAGAAAAUCCUUUGUAAAAGGUAUAAAAACUUUUAUUAAAAUCACUUUAAGGGCUACAUCACAACAAAACGCUUUUGAUUUUCUUACAAAAUCAUCAUCAGUGUAAUAUUAAACCUAAAAAUAAGUAUAACCGUUUUAAUGAAUACAAAGUUGAUAUUUGUUGAUGUUAAUCUUUUGUACAUUUAAUUAUUAUACCUGCUCUUAUGUAUGUUUACCUCUUGAAACUUAAAGUCACCACUCAAAUACAAAUGACUUUGUAAUAUGAUUGAGAUUAAGGUUUUCUGCAACAACUUGAUGGCGACUGUAGUUCAACUUAAGUUGAGAUAUAAGUAAAGUCAAUUAAAUCAUGGCAUAGGUGGUUCCAUGACAUCUCGUAACGCGACAGUUCAUAACCGGACAGUUGGUAAUGGACAAUUCAUAAUAGUGACAGUUCGUAACGGCGACAGUUCGUAACUAUACAAAUUCGUAACGGACAGUUCGUAACCUCCAAAUUGAAUUAUUCUGUUUAUUGUUGUUAACGUGGAAACUAACUGUUACUACAGUUAUAAAUGAAAUUAUGUUUAUCAAUUUAACGAAUCAGUAUCAGGAUAAACAUUUUAAGGCAUUUCAUAUUUCUUGUUUCAGAAUAUAAUAAAAGUAGUUAAACCAAGUACCUAUUAAAGUAUUACAAGCCAUCCCUCUAUCAACUAUAACCGUUGAUUGAAUGCCCCAAAGCUAUUACCAAUCACAAGGUUUAUUAUAAUAACAGGUAAUUAUAAUCUUUCCUUUACAAAAUGUUUAUUUAAAAAGUUUGGAAUGUCUAAAGACGGUUGUAAGAUUAGAGAUUUCAGGAAUUAAGUACUUGAUUGUUCCUUUGUCUAGGUAUAUGCAAAUUUAAGGAACAAUAAGAGUGAUAAAAUUUUAAAAAUAGUGUUAAAAGUUUCUAUGUAUUUAAAUAUAUUUGUUUGUGUUUAAAGACUUUUAAUAGAUAUUCUGAAACACGAAAUAUAAAAAGUGUUAAACAUGUUUAUCCGUACUGAUUCGUUAAAUUGAUAAACAUAAUUUCAAUUAUAACUGUAAUAACAGUUAGUUUCCAAAAUUAACAAAAAUAAACAUAAUAAUUCAAUUUGGACGUUACGAAUUGUCCGUCACGAAUUUGUAUAGUUACGAACUGUCGUCGUUACCAAGUGUCGCCGUUACGAACUGUCGCUGUUACGAAUUGUCCGUUACCAACUGUCCGGUUACGAACUGUCGCGUUACGAGGUGUCUGUCACGGGCAUAGGUACAUAUAUUUUUAUAUAAUAAGCAUUUAGACAUUCUACUAGUUUAAUGGGUUUGUUAAUGACAGUAUAGAGUACUACUAACAUAACAGGUCGUGGAAGCUAUGCAUUUAUGAGUUUACUUAAUAGUUUUGUUUCCACGAUCUCUGCUUUCUUGGCCAUACCUUUAAACAUUAAUAUUAAUAAACAUAUUAUGUAUUUUUUUAUAUUAUACUUGUAUACCUUAAUUUAUUUUAGUGUAAGUGUACUUAUAGGUGGCUAGUGACUAGAAAAUAAUUAUUUUUCUCACAAUGAAUGAAUUAACAGUAUUUAAAUCUUAAUUAAUAUUGAGAUUUAAGAAAAAUAACACUUUUCUUAACAUAAAUUGAUAUUUAUAAUGUUUAAUUUAUGUUGUUUUAACUAAUUGGUUAGUAGUAAUAAAACAUGUAUUUCUGUGUU